AUGAAAUUGGAAGAGCUCGCCAGUUCGGUUUCUCAAAAGAUCGAACGUCUUCAAAAUGCUGAUGCCCAGGAUGUUGCUAGGGCAGAAGCUUCAUUUCAACAAGCAAACUCUGCUUUGAGAACGAAAAUUGAUGAACUCAAAGAGGCUCUAAUCAGUUUAGAACUUCUCUCUGGCGGUACCGCAUACCUCUGUUCUCAUAUAUAUCAUAUUCAGCCAUACAGUACCCCGUACCAUCUAUCGAAAAACUACCAACAAAUGCCUUGGUAUCACAGCCGUCGGUUAAGGCCACUGUUAACACUGAAUCAGAAGCGUCGGCAAAGGGUGCAAACGUUCAGAUCCCGACAUCUGCCGCAGGUUUGUUUGCUUAA